AUGGCUUUGCCACUCAUCAUCCCCAGCGCUGGAGGAAUCGAGGUGAAGGGGAGACGACGGUUAGAGCACCCGGCCAAGUUUGAGGAGCUCAUUGCGGACCUGACGUCGCAGCUAGAGGCGCAGACGGAGGGCAGCGACGAGUUUGUGAUCACAGACUUGGAUGUCUCGCAGAACAAGCUGACCCUGGAGCAGUUUCAGACUCUCUUCUCCGCGCUGGGGUUUCCCAACAUCCGGGUGGCCAGAUUUCGCAUGUUCGGCUGCCCCGCGCUGAAUGACGACGUGGUCCAGGUGCUCUGCGACUACAUCCGAAAUCUUAGUCCUGAGUGCGCACCUUCCGAGAUGCAUCUCUCAGACUGUGCCAUCACCACUGACGGUUUCAAUGCCCUGUGCAGCGCCCUUGAGGAGACGGAGUUGUACCCGAAGGCCACUAGCUCCACAGCGACCAUGGGCAGCCCACUGUACCUGCGCCUGGAGAAUAAUUACAUUGACGAGGGCGUGAUCCAGCAGAAGGUGGAUGCUGGGGUGCUGCGGCCGUUCACGAAGACCAGCAGUAAGCUGGCGCCGGUCUCCGGCCCCAAGGCCAACCUGGUGGUGAAGGCCCUCAACGGCAGCUACGCCCAGAACAAGGGCGAGGCGCCGGCGCCUGAGGACGCGCCCCCGCCCAAGCAGGUGCACGACACAAGAAGAACGGCAAGUCAGGACUGGAGCCCUGUCCACCCUGUCCAGUUCAUGCAGAUGUUCAUGGGAAAGGCUGCCGCAAAGGGUGCCCUUCCCUGGACAGGAAUAGCGAAGGGAGCUGCGCUUGCCAAAGGUGCGAUGUCGCCGGCGCUGCUGGCCCAGAUGACCAAAGGUCUUCCAGGCAAGGGCAAGGGCAAGGCGGCGCUGCAGCAGCAUGCGCCCCAUGCGCAGUGGCAGGCGUGGAGCCAGAGUGGCAAGGAGGAGAGCUCGAGCUGGAACCAGGCCGCAAGCAAGGACUGGCAGCAGAACGACUGGGGGCAGGAUUGGCAGAAGGACAAGUGGCGGGACUGGAAAGCCGACAGUAGCUGGCAAGGCAGCUCCGGCACCUCUACAGAUCGCUCGCGCACGCCUGUGGGCAGGAAUCACAACCAGGCUCCUGCGUGGCAGCAGCAGCAGCUGCAGCACAACCAGCAGCCUGCUUUGCAGCAGCAGCAGCAGCGGCAACAGACUUCGGCAUGGCAGCAGCAGCAGCAGCAGGCCUCUGCAUGGCAGCAACAACCAAAGCAGCAGCAGCCGCAGCGGCAACAGACUUCUGCAUGGCAACAGCAGCAGCAGCAGGCCUCUGCAUGGCAACAACCACAGCAGCAGCAGCAGCAGCCGCAGCGGCAACAGACUUCGGCAUGGCAGCAGCAGCAGCAGCAGCAGCCUCUGCAUGGCAGCAACCACAGCAGCAGCAGCCGCAGCAGAAGCGGCAGCAGCAGCAGCAGGCGCAGCAGCAGCAGCAGCCGCAGCAGCAGCAGCAGCAGGCGCAGAAGGAGGAGAAGCCGCCACCCCCAUGGGAAAUCCACUUCUCUGAGGAGUAUCGGCUGA